UCAGAAAUUUCUCUUUCACCCCUCUCUCUAUAUAUAGAUAUCCGUGCCUUUGUCUUCUGCCACAGGACCUGUUCGAGUUCGCUGUCCGUGGUGCUGAAACACCCAGUGCGAUAAUGAUCAGGUAUGACUACAGUUAGGACUUCUUAGACAGGAUUCAGACAGGUGUGACCUUUACGCACUUUCGUUUCUAUCCGUCUUUCUAUCCACUCGGCCAUCUAUAUUGAUGUCAGUGCUGCAGUGUUUUAGGCUCACGUGGGUGGGGGGGUUCACUUCCAGUUGCGAUAUGAGGCUCCACUGUCGGCGGAAGGGAGAAUCCUGUCAAACAGCGCGAGUGUCUUGAACGCAGCCCGUUCGCAGUACUACAGUUAAACCAGCUACAGUUACUUUCAUUUUUUCACCCUCUCUUCUCGUCUCGCGAUAGAGCGGCGGAGUGGUUUGACGGGCGGUCGAGGUUGCAGCAGGCAGAGGGAGACGGUGGAAGGUAAAGCAGGGAGGCAGCAUCAUGGCGGACAGAGACAGUGGCAGUGACCACGGAGGGCCCACCGCGGGCCCCGGCUCGUUGCCUCCGGGUGCGAUGGGCGCCAUGUCGCGUCUGCAGCACGACACGGAGGAGCUCGCCUCCAAGCGCGUCGACAUCCAGAACAAGCGCUUCUACCUCGACGUGAAGCAGAAUGUUAAAGGCCGCUUCCUAAAGAUAGCCGAGGUCGGGGCUGGAGGAAACAAGAGCCGCCUCACUCUCUCCAUGUCGGUUGCCGUGGAGUUCCGCGAUUAUCUCGGGGACUUUAUCGAACACUACGCCCAGCUGGGCCCGACUAAUCCGGACAUAGUGCAGGAUGAGCCCCGGCGGGCGCUCAAGAGCGAAUUCCUGGUGCGAGAGAAUCGGAAAUAUUACAUGGAUCUGAAAGAGAACCAGAGGGGGCGGUUCCUAAGGAUCCGACAGACCGUUAAUCGGGGGCCCGGAUUGGGAAGCGCGCAAGGCCAGACCAUCGCUCUGCCGGCGCAGGGUCUCAUCGAGUUCCGCGACGCUUUGGCCAAACUCAUCGACGACUACGGCGUGGACGAGGAGCCGGCGGAGCUCCCGGAGGGCACCUCGCUCACGGUCGACAACAAGCGCUUCUUCUUCGACGUGGGCUCCAACAAGUACGGCGUCUUCAUGCGCGUCAGCGAGGUGAAGCCCACGUACCGGAACUCCAUCACGGUUCCGUGCAAAGUGUGGUCCAAAUUCGGCAACACCUUCUGUAAAUACGCGGAGGAGAUGAGGAAGAUCCAGGAGAGGAAUAGAGAGAAACGGGCCUCCGAACUGCUACCUGAGGGCCCGCACGGAGCAGAAGAUGACGGCGACGAUGACUGACGCGGAUCUUAAUAAGAGAGCAGACAUGAAACAACAAAGACUUAACUGAACUCUGAGAGAAAAGGAGACUAUUAACUGUAUAAUAGAAAGAUAAUUUCCAAGGGAAUCACCCCAAACACACAACCUCCACAGACAUGGCAGCAUGUCUGCCGUCUCCUCGCUCAUUUUACUGGAUGUCCCCCCCCCCCCCCCUACACUUACCACCAUGUAACAGUAAGCCGCUGCUAUCAAGGAUCGAACUGUAAGAUAUGAACUGUUUCCUACUUGAUUUAAAUGACAAUGAACAGAGUGUUUAUAUCUCAAAUGACAGAUUUGCACACAUCAAAGCUAUUUCGAAAAAUAUAAUGUUUAAUUGUUUUCACCCUGGUGAUAUGCUAAGAUUGAAUCAAAAGUAAAAGCAGAGGUAUAUUAUAUAAAAUGACAGUCUUCUCGUAGAACGAAUAUUUGACAUCAGCACAAAGAGAAUAUAUUAUGGAAUUUAUGAAACCAAAAUCGGAGUUUAUUUUAAAGGUACGCAGAGUAAAUAUGACAGCGCUCUAAACAUGUAUGAAUUGCAGCACUACAGGCCUGUAAACACCUGUUAGCAUGUGUGUAGGCCUGUGUUUUGGAGAGAAGUUUGGUAGAGAAGGCUUUGGACUUUCAUUUGACCUAAAGCCUGCAGGCCAAUGAAGGUAUUUCUAUCAUGCCAUUAUGGAACGGUUUGGAACAAAAAUAAAAAGCCUAUUUUGCAGGUCUCAAACCAACGGCAUAAAUCUAUAUCUGAGCUAUUGAAUAUCAACUUUUGCACCAUGCCCAUAAAAACUUAAUCAAAAAAAAGUGCUAACUUAGAUGUACUAAUUAUGAUUUUGUGAAUCAGCUGUAAAAAGAAGAAAAAAAACCUCCUUAAGAUUCCCACGUUUUCUGUGGGUUAAGUUCUUUUCUUUGUUACCUUGUUGUUUUCUUCCCUCUGGGGGACGGUGGGGGAUGCAAAAGGAUAAGGUUCACCUGUGGGAGCGCAAGACGCGGAAACUAAAAAAAUAUUAAAAGCACGCGUCUGCGCGUGGCGAGGCAACUCUUCCUCUCUGACGUCAUUACGACCCGUGCCUUAUACACUCCACUCGUUUACGUGUUCUCACGUGGAUGGUCCGUGACCUCGACCGCUGUACGUUUUUAUUUACGAGUGCUGUUAUGCCGGCCCAAUUCUAUACUCACCUGGGCUGGAGCAUUGGGUGGCAACACCAAGCGGAAAGGCAGCUGGGAGCUUGUUGGGGGCUGGGGGGGGGGGGGCGGGACCAUUAUGGUGUGCAGAAACCAAGCUCCAGAGCUAGAGCGAGGCCCCUUCACAAAGAUAAGGCUGUGGCUGUACUUACACUUUGAUAACUAGGGAUGGGGGCGGGGGGUCGGCGGGGAAGUUGUAUCGUGCCCUCUGUAGAGUAGAGCGGUCUUCUCCAGAGAACAGGAGAGUGACCCCCCGGGUGUACCGCUGGGCUUCAGCAUGCAGAUUCAUGGGGAGCCAGUAGGGGUGGUUUUUGCACACCAUUUGCGCCAUGUUUUCAAAAAACAGCAACAACAACUAGAAAAAAUAUGAAAUCAGGAGUGGCUGGGUGAGGCUAUCGGUCAGAGCUGAGCUGGAUGCUGUUGAAGAGUCAGGCGCGCAGCCAGCCAGGUCGGCCAGCCGGCCGUGCCAUGCCGCCGAGUCUGAGUGCAGCUUAGAGGACGUAGAGGCCGAUGGGUGCAGAGCCAAGGCAGUAUCUAUCCCUUUAUGGUGCUACAGCCCCUCCAUCGCUCCUUCGGGGCCUCGCCACUCAGAACAUGUUACUUUUGCAUUAUUUUUCUCCUGAAAGUUCUUUUUUUCCACAUUAUGUUGUCCAGAACGAGUCGGGUGUCUGUCUUUCCGGGCAGAGAGGAGGCGACCGACUAGUGCAGGACGUCUCAUAUUAGUGUGCAAUAUUGUGUGCGUGCCAAUCGCGGCAUUGCGUCACCUGUAUAGACUAUUAAUAGACGGGAAAAAUGUAUAGGCUGUGUGAUCGGUAGAUAUUUGAACGCAUGACAAAGAGGUUGAUGCAUCUGCAUUAUAUUUACAAAAUGUGAAGUCUUUCUUCUCUUGCACUUUGGUCAAAGUGAAAAAAAAGUUCAGACUCGUAAUGAGAUAUUUUCCUGUCAUGUUCUGUAAACCAGUAGGCUGCCUCGUCGGCCUAUUAGUGCACGUAGACUAGUGAGGGUGUUUUUACGUCUUCUUACGAGGGUCACCCCGGAGAAAAAAAACCCCUUUCCCUCCUCGUUCCUCUCCCAACACACACACACACACACACACACACAGACACAGCCUCAGACUGUCCAUGUCCUCCGCCCUGCAGGGACCCACACAGGAGUAGAGUGGUAUCUUGGGUCCCCGGGUGGCCGACACACACACCUCCGUAGGCUCCCCGUUGAGGCCCCUUGUCGCUAUUUGGAUGUUUGCAAGGCCUCUAGAGGAACUUGAAUGGUUUUAGGACUGCACAAGGCCUCCUGUCAAGAGUAGCCAGGGCACUGUUUGUUAGGAGCCUGAGUGCGUUCUGGGAUUGCCUAUCACAGGACAGGCGAACCACGAUCUCUGCCUUUGCUUGUCUGCGGUUUUCAACUGAGCUAGGCGAUAGUCACCGGCCAGCAAAUGGGCCCAAAGCACAGAGGAGUUUGUUGUUUUUACAACGAGGAUCACAAUCCCUCCCUCUUGUUGGUGGACUGAUAUUAGGUAUGCUCUCAAGCUCAUGACUCAAAGUGUGAAAGAAAAGGCCUUGGCUCAUUGUCCCUGCGGUAAUGAGCUAACACUGAGGUGCUAGAUCACUAAUAUCAAUAUGCUGUGUGGACAGUUCACCUAUCAGCUUCAGUGAAAGCAGGAUCUGGUGCAGCUGAGCGGGGGGGGGGGGGGGGGGGCAUGAAGGAGGAAUAGGCUGUGGAUUGCAGUGUUAGGGGCCUCAGCUGGACCAACGCUGGCAAUGUGGUUAAGGCCCGGGCCUGGCAGACGUGUGUGAUAGCCGAGGCUACGCUGACGCAGGAUUAGCCGCUCUGAUCAGCAGAUCUAUUCAAUCGUUUGCUUCUGAAAAGUUGGUCCGUGUUAGAUUUUUCAUGACGGCAGAGAAUUCCGAGAAUUCUUUUGCGCGCAGGACGUUUUGGCCCAGGUUUGUCCCCGAGUGUUGGUGAGAGGCCCGGUGAAGCCUGGCACUGUUGACUGUUGGGGCCUAGCAGCAGCAGCAGCCUACCCAGACCCACCGACCCGGCUUAGGCCUUGUCUUUUUGUUUUGGAGAAGAACAGUGAGUCUCUGUGCCCUGUUAGGGGGAUGACUGCUUUUCCUCACAACUGCCCUUUGAAUUAUAAAAAGCUUAUUUCCAUUAAACACACAUACAUGCCGCCCAUGUCCAUGUGCAAGCAACGGACAUCUGAGGUCAAUCUGAGCUCUCCCUGAGCUCAACAUGAAUCUGAAUCUGAAUUUAGGCCUCCGGGAGGCUUCUGGUUCAUGAACAUGAAAUACAAACCCUUUUUUUCUCUUUUUAUUUAACGGCCAAAUAUAAGAAGAGCCUGAGCCUGCUCAUGGAGAUCACUUUGUGAGUGCCUCCCUCUGUGAAACACACUUAUUUUUUGAGAGAUUAAAAAGCAUGUUGUUGAGUUACUGGGUGUAAUCACCAGGUGAUACUGGGUCAGAUGUGCUUAUACUUCUGCUGGUCGUAGUUCUAUUAAGUUACAGAUAAAAGAGGCUCUUGUGAUUUUGCUGAAGACAAGUGUGAUCCAAUCCGAUUUCUCUGUUUAUGAGAAGUCACCCGGUGUCGUGACAGAACCCGGAGUGACCUUGCAGCCAUGUUGUGCCCCCCCCCCCCCCGUUACUCAAAUGCAAAAUGGUAGGCAGAUUUAUUCAUCUUGUUUUCUGUGUACGGCGUCAGCGGUCAAGCCGUGUGCUCACCUCGGUGGCUCUGGCUAAGUUCAGUGAACAUUGGCGAUGGUACACUGAGGCUGUUGGAUAAGAAUGAUGUUCUAAUUUACCAUACCGCGGCAGCCAUCGUAGCAAUCCUUAAUCAUGAUGUAAUGCUGCCUUUUGUGACUUUAUCAAUGCAGUGUUUUGUCAAAUUGUAUAGAAUUGAGCUUAUUUUCGGUGCUCUAACGCCAUGCUACCAGACCAUUCAAGACACGUUUUGACUAAUAGAACUCAAAAAUAACUCAAAAGUGCAGCCGUAACUACUUGUUGCAUGUCCUCAAAGUCCGAUUGCUAUGAUGGCUCCGGCCACUUCUCCCUCCGGCCUUUAAGGGGGAGAUUAUUCAUGUUGUUGACUGCAUUCAAAACAGCUGCAUGUACACGAGAGACAAUGGCAAACGUCCACUAUUACCGAGCUAAAACAGACUGGACUUCCGGAAAACCAAAUGUGCUCUGUUUCUGGUUUCAGUGUUGUAUUCUCUCAUUGGUUCCUGGCUGACCACCCAGCCAAUCGCAGCCGCUGGUCAAAGCCAAGCAGCGUGUGACUCAUCACAAACCCGCGGACAGUGGAGCUCAUUCUGCACGUCUUCUUUUUAUGCUCACGCACCGAUUAGCAGGGUCCAUCGUGUUUGCAGACUGUACAGGCUGCUGUUGUUACAGAGACAGGCUUUCAACGUUUUCGCAGACGUUGGGAACUCGAUCGUGGAUUUUAAAGGGUGGGGUCAAUGCACAAUGAACAUAUCCCAUGUCACCGUUUGGUCUAAGUCCCUUUACCAUCCCCAUAUGAGAUAAUAUGUAUGUAUCUUUCAAAAAUAUUUUAUCUGUGGUGUGUGUGUGUGUGUGUGUGUGUAUAUAUAUGUAUAUAUAUACAUAUAUAUGCAUAUAUAUAUGGUUUGUUAUAUAUGAUGCUCCUCCUUUCAGAAAAAUAUAACAUGUAUACAGGAAAAACAUAUUGCUGUUUAUUUCCUUUGUAUUUUAUACUUACAGAAAGCAUUGAAUAAAAAUGGAUAAAUACUUGCACUUUAGAUAUAUUAAGAAAAAUAAAAAUUCUGCAUAUUAUUUUUGAUAGGGAUCUCACAUUCAAAGAGUAUAAAUUAAAGGCUUUGUGACUAUUGCUGGACAGAGAUGUAUUGAGUUCUACUUAUUGAUUAUAUUUUGUCUGUGUGUCAGAAGGUUUACUAAAGUAAGUUGCAUGAUAAAGUAGUGCUACACCGAUAGUGUUCUUUUUUUAGUUGGUAAAAAUUGUCUGAAAACUGUGAUAACAACCCUCUUGUGUCAUGAUUAUGCUCUCCUAAUCCCUCCUAGAAUAUUUCUUACUGAAAUAUGGCCUUUCCUGACUACAUGACGAUGGUGCUUACUUUGGCUUUGACAUCAAGCUCAUCCUAUACAUCUCAGAACAUAACUCACGUCCUUACACUUCAUUACUUUCUUUUAUGUACUAUCACUACCUUAUUAAAUUUCUGUUGAUGGCAAAAAAAAAGAAGUGUGCUGUUUUGUACAUUGCUGUUUGUUUUAAUGUUGGGGGAGCCUUGUUGUCUGAAAAAUGACUAAUCGCGCAAUAAAAGGUCAUUCCACA